CUUUUAUGUUGAAGGGACAACUUCCUGUUUAACUGUUAGCGCAAAUGGAGCUUAACGGAAAUCUAAAAGCAAGGAAGUGUUAAACGGAGUUGUUUCCGGUCCAAAUUUCCGGUCCCGGCUUCGUUGUGGUUGCGGAGGUGUGGGCAGGUCCCUGCAGAAACUCCCUGCGGGGGAUACAGCAUCGCAGACGGGCUGAAAGCUGUCCGGACCCCGGCGCUCGCAGCAGCAGGUCCGCCGCUUGGAGCCGUCAAGAUGUCGGUCUCCGGAAUGAAGAAGCAGUUCCACAAAGCCAGCCAGCUUUUGAACGAGCGCCUGAUGGGAGCCGAGGGAACCAAACUGGACGAAGACUUCCUGAAGAUGGAGAAGACUGUCGCAGUGAUGAACGCUCUUCUGUGUGAGCUGAUGUCCAGAACCUCAGAGCUACUCCAUCCAAAUCCAGCCUACAGAGCUAAACUGAGCAUGCUCAGCACAGUGUCCAGGAUCCGAGGACAGGCGCAGACGCUGGCGUACCCGCAGACGGAGGGAAUGCUGGGGAAGUGCAUGUUGUUCUACGGCCAGGAGCUCGGACCUGCUUCUGACUUUGGCGGCGCUCUGAUGGACGUGGGCGGAGCUUUGCAGAAGGUCGGCGAGGCCAAAGACGUUCUGGACGUCGGCAUCAAGCGGACGUUCAUCGACCCUCUGCAGGGGCUGCAGCAGUCAGACAUGAAGCAGAUCAAGUACCAGCUAAAGAAGGUGAACGGCCAACGGCUCGAUUUUGACUAUCACAAGAGACGAAGAGGAAAAGUGUCAACGGAAAGUGUUCGGCUGGCGUGGGACAAGUUUAUGACGUACAAAGAGUUGGCAGAGAGGAGCAUGUUCGUCCGGCUGGACAGUGAUGUGGAUCUGAUCGGUCCGCUGGCUGCUCUGAUCGCCGCUCUGCUCGACUUUCACCGCAACGCCCAACGCAUCCUGCUGGACCUGCAACGCAACCUGCAGGCCAGGUUGACUGCUGCCAGCAACAAACCAGCGCGACAGUUCAGAUCCGAAAAGCUUCCCGUCGGAGCCGGCCCCAGCAGUACUGUCGGGUUUGACCCCCAGCUGUCAGCUGCGGCUCCUCGGUCCUCAGCUAAUCUGGACUCAGGAGAAGAGAGCUCGGUGAUAACAUCCACCCCAGACAGCUUCGUCUCCAACUUCGCUGACUGUAAGCUGCUCAUGAAUCAGCCGUGUUGCCGGGCGAUUUUCUCCUUCACGUCAAAACGCGACGACGAGUUGGACUUCAGUGAGGGAGAGCUCAUCAUCCUCACCGGCCAGGUUGACGGCGACUGGCUCGAGGGGACGCUCGGGGAGCGAUCCGGGCUUCUACCUGUCAGCUACGUGGAGGUGCUGGUGCCUCUGCCGUUACCGUGACAACGUCUCAUCGGACUCUGGAGCUGGAUGUUGGAUCCGACUUCUGAUAAUAUGGACGAGUCAGGACCAAAACGGUGAAGAAGGCCGCCAGGGUCAUCAUCGAGAAAUACUACACCCGGCUGGGAAACGACUUCCACACCAAC